AUGGCCUCAAAGUAUCUCGCUCUGGCUGCGGCCACACUGGCUGCUGCUGUCCCGACGCCGAUCAAUAGCAGCGCUGCUGCAAGCGAUCCUCUUUACUUUAUCACAUUCGGCGACUCCUAUUCGCAGACAGGGUUUGACGUCAACGGCACACAUCCGUCGGCCUCCAAUCCUCUGGGCAACCCAGACCUUCCAGGCUGGACAGCAAGCGGUGGUCUCGACUGGGUUGGUUUUGAGGUUACCAAGUACAAUGCCUCGCUGCUGCUUUCGUACAAUCUGGCCUACGGAGGCGCAACAACAGACGCCAACCUGGUAACUCCCUACGCAGACACGGUGCUCAGCUUUGUCGACCAGGUCGGAGAAUUCUCCACGUCCCUGGCAUCAAAGCCGGAUUGGGCCCCAUGGACCUCGGACAACACGCUCGUUGGCGUGUGGAUGGGCGUCAAUGAUGUGGGCAACACGUUUUGGCUAAGCAACAUGAGCGACGUUAUCGAUGCCGUUACCACCCGGUACUUUGAGCUGCUGCAGGUGACGUACGAUGCCGGUGCGAGGAACUUUGUAUUGUUGUCGGUGCCUCCUACUGACCAGACACCUCUCAUGCUUGAGAAUGAUGCCUCUUCCGAGGCAUCUCUCGCGAGCACCAUCUCCACCUACAAUGACUUUUUGUCCAGCAAGCUAGACACGUUCAAGUCCAGCAAUAGCGACGUUACCGCGUGGAUUGUGGACACGUCGGUUCCAUUCUACGAAGCCAUCAACAACCCGACGGCAUAUGGAGCUCCCAAUGCUACUUGCUUUAACGCCGAUGGUGUGAGUUGCUUGUGGUUCAAUAACUACCACCCAGGUGUGGCAAUCCAAGGGUUGGUCGCGGAGGCGGUUGCACAGACUGUGGGUGCGCCAUUCUUCACGAGUUAA